ACGGGGCGGGACGGGGCGGGCGGCUCCUCCCCGCCGGGCCGGGCCGGGCCGGGCGGAGCGGGCGCUCGGUGCGGGCGCUCGGCGCCGCUCUCGCCAUGCGGGCGCUGCUGCUCCCGGCGCUGCUGCUGCCGGCGCUGGCCGCGGCGCGCGGCGCCGCCACGGCGCUGGGCGAGGCGGACCAGGUCCGGAUGACCUCGGAGGGCUCCGACUGCCGCUGCAAGUGCAUCCUGCGGCCACUCAGCAAGGACGCCUGCAGCCGCGUCAGAAAUGGCAGCAUGCGGGUGGAGGACUUCUACACGGUGGAGACGGUGAGCUCGGGGGCCGACUGCAAGUGCUCCUGCACGGCCCCCCCCUCCUCGCUCAACCCCUGCGAGAACGAGUGGAAGAUGGAGAAGCUGAAGAAGCAGGCGCCCGAGCUCUUCAAGCUGCAGUCCAUGGUGGACCUGCUGGAGGGAACGCUCUACAGCAUGGACCUGAUGAAGGUGCACUCCUACAUCAGCAAGGUGGUGGCCCAGAUGAACACGCUGGAGGAGACCAUCAAGACCAACCUGAGCAGGGAGAACGACUUCAUGAAGGAGAGCGUCCUGCACCUCACCGACCAGAUGAGACGCUACGAGAACUACUCCGACAUCAUGAUCAGCAUCAAGAAGGAGAUCUCCAACCUGGGUUACCAGCUGCUGCAGAAGGAUGCUGCCGCCGUCCCCGAGAGCAAGGCACAGGACACGGCAGGCGGACGAGAGAAGGAGGCAGGACGGUACCCCAGCACCCGCAAGGCACUGGGCGACAGGGCGGCCCCCCGAGCGCCCAAGGAGAAGCAGCUGAAGCCCGAGAAGGCCAAAAAGGAUAACGCAAAGGCCAGGGGGGUGUCGCAGCCUACGCCCAAGCCCAAGCCAUCCGCACACCAGCAAACCGUGGUCCGGGGCAUCACGUACUACAAGGCCGGGCAGGCGGGGGCAGCGGAGGGGCCAGCUGGCAGCCGCGAGAGCCCUGUGAGGGGGGCGGCUGCGCUGGAGCGGCAGGAGGAGAGGGGCCCCCCGCCCCCCCCAGCCGAGGGUACCCCAGCCCAAGCCAUCGCACGGGCAGAGACCACCGUGCCCAGCACCACGGCUGCGCCCAGCACCGCCCCGGCCCCCCGCACCACUGCCCGCAGCCACCCCGCCACCGUCCGCGGGCAGGGGGCUGACAGCACCGGGGGCCCUGAAACGCCAAACAGAGUGAAGGAGGUGGAGUGCGAAGGCACCAUCGAGUCGGUGGAGCCCCCCACAGAGCACCACAGCUACGGGCGCAACGAGGGGGCCUGGAUGAAGGACCCGGUGGCCAAGGAUGACCGCAUCUACGUCACCAACUACUAUUAUGGCAACAGCCUGGUGGAGUUCAGGAGCCUCGACAACUUCAAGCAGGGCCGCUGGAGCAACCUCUACAAGCUGCCCUACAACUGGAUAGGCACUGGGCACGUGGUGUACCGGGGAGCCUUUUACUACAACCGCGCCUUCACCAAGAACAUCAUCAAGUACGACCUGAAGGAGCGGUACGUGGCGGGCUGGGCGCUGCUCCACGACGUGGUGUAUGAGGACACGACGCCCUGGAAGUGGAGGGGCCACUCGGACAUCGACUUCGCUGUGGACGAGAGCGGGCUCUGGGUCAUCUACCCCUCCGUGGACUACGACUACUCGCAGCAGGAGGUGAUCGUCCUGAGCCGACUCGACCCUGGGGACCUCUCGGUGCGCAGGGAGACCACCUGGAAGACGGGGCUGAAGCGCAACGCCUACGGGAACUGCUUCAUCAUCUGUGGCAUCCUCUACGCCGUGGACACCUACAGCCAGAAGGAAGGGCACAUCUCCUACGCCUUCGACACGCACACGGACACGGAGGCAGAGCUCCGGCUGCCCUUCCUCAACCAGUACGCUUUCACCACGCAGGUCGACUACAACCCCAAGGAGAAGGUGCUCUACGCCUGGGACAACGGCCAUCAGAUGACAUACAGGCUCCGCUUCGUGGUCUAAGUGCCCGGCCGGGUCCCAGCUGCACCCCUGCGCCCACCCUCCCCCGUGCCCGGCCAGGGUCCCCCAUCGCAGCCGUGCCCCGGCAUCCCGGCCAGGGCUGCGGCGAGACCCCGGCUUCCACCCCCCAGCCCUCCCCACCCGCCGUGCCCCAGUCACCUGCACCAUGCCCGCUGCAUCCCAGGACAGGGGGUGCAGGUGAGCGCAGCCCCCCGCAGACACCCCCAUGACAACGUGGCCUCUGGGGCCUGUGGGGCUGCCCCACAGCUUGCAGCUCAGCCGGCGUUGCCUUCCCGGAGACGCGGGAGAGGAGCCCAGCCCCGCAUCCCUGCAGCAACGGGAGGCAGCCGGGUCUGCGCCACCGGUGACGUGGCAGCACCCGCCCCACGCCACCGCACUGAGCACCCGCCCGCGCCGCACCCAGCCUCAGCACCGCUCCCUGCGUGACCGCGUGCUUACCGUGACCGCCGGCUGCCAGCGGUGCGAGUGCCUUAACAGCCUGGUGCCGGCUGCCUGGGCACCGUGCCCUCACCUGCCCCGAGCCACCGCGGGGCGGGCAGGGCCCCCUCGCUGCCGGGGCAGGAGGAACAGCUGCCGAUUGCUAUUUUAGGAGACGUGAUUAAGAUGCCUUUUGCUUUUGCCACUCAUUAGCAUAUUAUUUAAAUGCAUUCACCAGAGCCGUGCAAAGUCCCCUCUCCCGGCAGCGGGCGCAGAGCAGCCUGCCUGCAGUGCCGGGGUGCCCUGCCUGCACACCUGCCUGCACCCAGCACCGGGCAGGGAGGAGGCACGCACGGCUGGGGAGCCCGCGGCUCCCCUGCUCUCCACCUAAGGCAGGGCAAGGGGUCGGGAGCGCUUGGCUUGGUUUUGGUCAUUUUAGACGUGAACAGUAUUAAAAAAAUAACAGAUGUGAAA